AUGGCGAGGAAGAUGUUGGCGGCUCUGCUGAUGGUCAUAAUGUCUUCAUCAUUCUUCGUCCCCGGGUUUGCCCUCAGUUCCCACUUCGAUUUAGCUGCGUCUCCCCACUCCCCCUCCUGUGUUACCUCCAGCUGCAUCUCCCCACUCCCCCUCCUGUGUUACCUCCAGCUGCGUCUCCCCACUCCCCCUCCUGUGUUACCUCCAGCUGCGUCUCUCCUCUUCCCCUCCUGUGUUACCUCCAGCUGCGUCUCCCCACUCCCCCUCCUGUGUUACCUCCAGCUGCGUCUCUCCUCUCCCCCUCCUGUGUUACCUCCAGCUGCGUCUCCCCACUCCCCCUCCUGUGUUACCUCCAGCUGCAUCUCCCCACUCCCCCUCCUGUGUUACCUCCAGCUGCGUCUCCCCACUCCCCCUCCUGUGUUACCUCCAGCUGCGUCUCUCCUCUCCCCCUCCUGUGUUACCUCCAGCUGCGUCUCCCCACUCCCCCUCCUGUGUUACCUCCAGCUGCGUCUCCCCACUCCCCCUCCUGUGUUACCUCCAGCUGCGUCUCCCCACUCCCCCUCCUGUGUUACCUCCAGCUGCGUCUCCCCACUCCCCCUCCUGUGUUACCUCCAGCUGCAUCUCCCCACGUCCCCUCCUGUGUUACCUCCAGCUGCGUCUCCCCACUCCCCCUCCUGUGUUACCUCCAGCUGCGUCUCCCCACUCCCCCUCCUGUGUUACCUCCAGCUGCGUCUCCCCACUCCCCCUCCUGUGUUACCUCCAGCGGCAUCUCCCCACUCCCCCUCCUGUGUUACCUCCAGCUGUGUCUCCCCACUCCCCCUCCUGUGUUACCUCCAGCUGUGUCUCCCCACUCCCCCUCCUGUGUUACCUCCAGCUGCAUCUCUCCUCUCCCCCUCCUGUGUUACCUCCAGCUGCAUCUCCCCACUCCCCCUCCUGUGUUACCUCCAGCUGCAUGGCGCUCCGCUAAGUGGGUUGUCUUGGCCGUCUUCUCUGGCGGUUGUGGCUGUUUCCUUCUCUGGUCUCUUCACCUUUUUCUUCCUCAUGCUGGCCUGCUUCUGCUGCAAGAAGGGGCAUAUCGGCUUCAAGGAGUUUGAGAAUGUCGAUGGGGAGGAGUACCAGGCGGACCUGUCCACCCUGGCGUCCCCUGCAUCCCAGAGCGGACCUGAUGUGUACAUCCUACCCCUCACUGAGGUGUCCCUCCCCGUGGCCAAACAACCAGGACGAUCAGUCCAACUCCAACUCCUGAAAUCCACAGAAGUCGGCCGACAGAGUCUUCUGUACCUGAAAGAGAUCGGAGAUGGCUGGUUCGGAAAGGUUAUCCUGGGGGAGGUGAAUGCGAGCCUCAGCACCACCCAGGUGGUGGUUAAGGAGCUCAAGGCCAGUGCCAGCGUUCAGGACCAGAUGCACUUCCUGGAGGAGUCCCAGCCAUACCGUGCCCUCCAGCACCCAGCGCUCCUACAUUGCCUGGCGCAGUGCACUGAGGUCACCCCCUACUUGCUGGUCAUGGAAUUCUGCCCUCUGGGUGAUGUGAAAGGGUACCUGCGGAGCUGUCGGGCUGCAGACACAAUGAUCCCUGAACCCCUGAUACUGCAGAGGAUGGCAUGUGAGAUCGCCUCAGGACUCUUGCACCUGCACAAACACAACUUCAUACACAGUGACCUGGCCCUGAGAAACUGCCUGCUGACCGCUGAUGUCACAGUGAAGAUCGGAGACUACGGCCUGUCACACAACAAGUACAAAGAGGACUACUUUGAGACAUCAGACCAGAUGUACGUGCCUCUGCGUUGGAUCGCUCCAGAACUCGUAGAUGAAGUCCAUGGCAACCUUCUGGUGGUGGACCAGAGCAAACAGAGCAACGUCUGGUCUCUGGGGGUUACUAUCUGGGAGUUAUUUGAGUUGGGGAACCAGCCGUACAGACACUACUCUGACAGACAGGUGUUAACCUACGCCGUGAGGGAACAGCAGCUCAGACUGCCCAAGCCCCUGCUCAAAAUACCCUUGGCAGAGCGCUGGUAUGAGGUGAUGCAGUUCUGCUGGCUCCAACCAGACCAGAGGCCCAAUACAGAGGAGGUCCACCUGUUACUCAGCUACCUGUGUGCCAAGGGGGCCAGUGAGGCCGAGGAGGACUUUGAGAGACGCUGGAACUCCCUGCGUCCCAACCCCAACGCCGGCCAAAGCAGCAGCAGCCUUCAUCACGGCGCCGGAGCCCUGGCCUCUGGUACGUCAUGUUCAGGCCACUUUUUAUGGCUCAUGACUACUUUGUACCUCCCCUCCUCCUUCCCUCUGCUGGAGCAGUUCUCUGGAUGUGACGGUUACCACAGUGAAUCAGGAGAUGAUAUACUGACCGUGACAGAGACCAGCCACGGUCUGAACUUCCAGUACAAGUGGGAGCAGACCCAGGCGGGGAUCGGGGCAGAGCAGCCUUACCACCACGCUGCCUCAUCCUCCAGCGGUACCCUGGGGGUCGUUAACCACCACUGUCAGGACCUAUACUACCCAGGUGGAAUGACGCUGCAUGUUUCUGGGGUCGGGGUGGUGCCGGAGCUCAGCGCCCGUAGUCCUUCAGUGAGCUCUGAGUACUACAACCGCAUGGAGGAGCCUGACUACACCAUGUGCUCCUACAGCCCAGACUACCAGGGCAGCCACGGGAGCUUCCUGACCGGCAGUGGCAGUGCAGACUCAGGGGAGUGUAUGAUGGGGAUGGGUCCCCCCCAGGCCCACUCCAAACCUGUAGACUCCUACUGGUCAGCAGACGUCUGUAAAGAUAGGGGUGUUGGAGCGUAUAACUCGGACAUCUCCCUGACAAUGGAGCCCCAUGUCUCUGACUCCAGCCCCCUGAGACCAUGGGAGGCUGGUCACUACGUCUCCUACAAGGACCGGGACGGGGGGUACUACUACGAACACUCACCACCCAUGGGCAUUGGCCACCACAUGGGUCUGGGGAUGGACCAGCAUUACCUGAUGGGGCGGGAACACUCUCACCCCAAGCCCCAUCUGGAGAGCUGGGGGUCCCGUAGCCUGCGUCAGGCCCUGGGAGAACUGGACAACCCUCUGGGGAUAUCUCCCUCCAUCAGCACCCAUCUCCAGGAUGGUGGUCCUCCUUUUGGGGUAGGCGACCCCUACUUGGAGACACCCCAGGGCACAGGCUCCAUCAUCGGGGGGAGUAGCGUCACUGGCGGCUACUAUGACACGAUGGGUUCUCUGAGGAAAACCAUGCCGACCAUGCCAGACCACGCCCACUCAGUCAGCAUCACUAUGGCGUCGGAAGAGGCCCUCUUCAUUUGUCACCGGGACAGCGACCCGGAUGAAGAAGAGGAGGAUAUAUUCUCAGAGAGGCUGAGGAGAAGCAGUAGUAACCUCUCCAACCCCUCCGCUAACGACAACAGUCUAGGCCUGGGUCUAAGCCUUGGCCGUAGUGGACAGGCUGGCUGUAGACAACUACAGGAUCCCUAUGAAGACUUCCACUACUCUAUGCCCACUACCGACAUAGAGGACUCGUGGCCUGAAGAGCACUGCCUGACCUUCCGCUCCUCUGUCUCUGCUGCAGUUAAACCCAUAGACUACCUGGAGGCUACAGCGGCUUCGGCUAAUGACAGCGGCUGUCUAGUCUUGGGGAACCAUCAUGCCCUGGUCACUUCAGGGGACGCCUGUAAUGCCUACAUCUAUUUGUGCCACGAGGGGGAGGGGGAGAGGGAGGUAGAGCCGCAACCCAUCGAGUGCUGCCACUCUCAUUUCGUCGACCCCCUCACAGGCUUAGUGGUGCGGAACUACACACGGGACAACUACAGCGAUAAGAUUGUAGAGAUACCCAACAACGAGGAAGAGAGUGUGAAUCUGUCGCCAGCACCGGGAGGUCCUAAACCAAUCCUAACGCACAACACUAAGACCAGCACAACCCCUCUAAACCACUCUGGGCAAUAUGUUGACAUCACUAUGGACGAUACCCUUUCAAUAGACCAUAAGGAAGAGGUUAGUACGGAAGACAAAGGGGUUCUCACAGACCCUAAACCAGAGGGUGUGACUCUGACCCUCUCCUCAGUGAAUGUUCCUGACCUAGUCCCCAUUGUCGAGCAAGAGUCAGAGCUGAGCCAUACGUUAGACAGCGGCUUAGACAGAGACCACUGCUCCAGCAUUAGUCUAGUGGACAUCUCCGACUGCUGCACCGACGACGAUGAAGAUGAUGACAUCACCGACUCAACCUCAGAGAUCUUCGCUGACGAGACGUCGGUUGGGGACGCUAAUGCCUCCCCUCCCCUGGCCCGUCCCCUCAAGUCCCUGCAGAAGCAGGUGGGAACCCCCAAUUCCAUGGCCUCCAUGGACCUGAUGCCUUCAGCAGUCGGCUCCACCUGCAAAGCUUUCAGCCCCUCCUCCAGCUCCUCCCACCCAUCUAGCUCCUCCCCCAAAGCAAUGGACAGCGGGUACGACACAGAGAACAAUGAGAGCCCAGAGUUCGUCCCCAAGGAGCCCCACAACGAGCCUCGGGGCCCAGAGACAUUCACCCAGUCACUGGGGGAGUCUGUCCUGGACACCAGCCUGGAUGAGGGGGGGGGGGAGGCCGAGGUGGCCCCACUGGAUGAUGAGGAUGAACCGACCCUGGAUGAAGAUGUGCUUCUAGCAGCCUCACAGACCACAGACAAAGAGAAGGGUCUGACCCCACUCAGUGAGAAGAACCCUUACAGGGACUCUGCCUACUUCUCUGACAAUGAGAACGAACGUCUUUCCAGGGAUGAGGGGGGUGACGAAAAUGUAGAAGUGGAGGAAGGAGAAGUGGAAGAGAGGCUGACAGAGAAGAGGGAACUCAGCCCUCUUCAGAUAGAGGAGGAAGAAGAGGAGGGAGUGGAGACCCCAGCUCUUCUUCUGGAGGAGAGUGAAGACCCAGAGAUGGAAGGAUGCCUGACAGAAGAGUGCACCCAGGAUGAAGGGCUAGAGCUGGGGCUAGAGCUAGAGCUGGCCUCCAUUCUCUCUGGAGAAGUAGAGGCAGGGUCAGAAGGAUGGCCUGCCCAGGAGAAACCCUCUUCUCUGGGAGACUGGGCUGCAGAGGUGGUGGGGGCUAUGGAGGAAGCCCUGGGUGAACUCCAGAGGAGCACUGAAACCAACUCUGGUACCAAGGAGAAGGAGGAAGAGGAUGAAGGAGAGCAAAGGGACAUGGAGGACUCAUCUGAAGCCUUAGAAACAGCAGACGUCCUAGAAGAAGCAUUUACCAAAAUGCCAGAGACCCUCGAGAAGGACGAUAAUGACGAAGAGAACAGUCCUCCCGCAUGGCGUCGACGCUUCUCCUUCUCUCCUCCCCCUCCCUCCACCCCUCCUCUCUCCUCUCCUCCCCCUCCCUCCACCCCUUCUCCUCCUCUCCCCCCGAUGACUCCCCCUCUGGGCCGGCAGUUGCCCAUGGAUGGGGGGGAGGCGGACGAGGAGGACGGAGAUGGUGACUUCGAUGACAGUGAGUCAGACGAGGAGCUGAGCAGUUACAGUGUUCAGGAGGAGCAGAGUGGAGGGGAGGACAGCGGGGAGGAGAACCAUGCUGUACCGAUUGUGGUGAGCGACUGCAGCGAUGCUCAUAACCUACGUAGUCUACUGAAGAUGCCCACCCCGCUCACCGCCGAGUUGCUCGCCGAUGACCUGCUGGAACGCAAGAAGAAAGUGGUGUCCUUUUUUGAUGACGUCACCGUUUACCUGUUUGACCAGCAGAGUCCCACUAAAGAGCUGGCUGAGCAUGGUUUCUCUCCAGGGACUGAGACCAGCGGACAGGGUUCACUGGUCAAACAACCAACCUCUGAUGACUCCUCAGAUGGAAACAUCUCAGAAGAGAGUGCAGGGUAUGAGUGGGAGGAUGACUUCCCCCUGUUGCCCAUUCCCACUUCCUCAUCCAAGAUGGCUGCCUCCUCCUCAGGCUCAUCCCCUUCCGCACCCAGCCUGCCCUCCACCUCCAAGGCCCCGGAGCCCAAACCAGCAGUGCAGUACUCCCGCUUCACAGUCUCCCCUAGCCACGUGUCUCGCUUCUCCAUUACACACGUCUCUGACUCUGACGUGGACUCUGGUCCAGGGAGCAGUGAGGAUGGAGACAGAGUAUUAUAGAACCACAGCCACCCAGAAACUGCAGGAACUGCACCAUAUAAACAUGUCUGAGCCUCUAAACAUGACAUUUGUUUAGUGCUUUUUUGGACAUCAGCUUUCUGAAAAGACAGUGCCUAAUUGUUUAUGGACACUUUAUGAAUGGAGUCUGUAAAAGGGAUGUGAAAGCAGAGAAUCAACACCUAUGAGAAUAUAUAAAAUACUAUAUGAUGAUAAUCUACACAUACACCGAAGAAUAUUUAUGUUAUCAAAAUAACUUGUAUGAAGGUAAAGACUUAUGUUGCAUUCAAGAUAUUUUUGGGAACAAAGAGAAACUUUAGAACAAACGUGUAACUUGUUUGCCACCACAGACACUCAUUAUCAGCAUGUUAUAGAGAACCACACAACGUUACCGCUUGUUACGUGGAAGACAGACGAUCAUUUUUAUUGAUCAGCUGUUUUAACAUGGACAUCAAAACAGAAGACACAAUUUACAGAACAUCCCUCUCAGAGAAGGAGGGAGUGAAAAGCAAUGAAGGAAAGGACACAAUGAAGGUUUUUUCAUCAAAUAAUCGGUGUUUGAAAGUGACUGUACCAAGAGCAUAUUUUUGAGACAUUAGUUAACUCGU